AUAUAUUACAUAUAUAUAUACAAGAAGAUUGUGCCGUUUUGACAAACCAUCCACUUAUACAACAAUAACAAGGAAAACAAGUAGGGAACCCCCCUAUACAUAUGCAGGAUAAUAUAUGUGUGGAUACAAUACAUGUUAAAUAUCCCCCAAGUCUGCCACAAUAGCAUCAGCAAUGGCAACAGAUACGCGAAGAAGUGGAACCUAAAGAAUAAUUAACGAGAAUUUACCUGACACCAGACAAGAGGGGAGGAAAGGAGGAAAGGAACCAAGGCUCCACCGAAGUAUUCGCCCAACGGAAUACACUGGGAAGACACCAGCCACCAUCCGCCAUCAUCAUUAUCCUAAUAAUCGGAGAAACGACAAGAGGAUAGGAAAACCGUAGCCAUGGGUCGGAAAAAAAUCCAGAUAUCACGCAUCACCGAUGAACGCAAUCGGCAGGUGACCUUCAACAAGCGGAAGUUCGGCGUCAUGAAGAAGGCCUACGAGCUGUCGGUGCUCUGCGACUGCGAGAUAGCGCUGAUCAUCUUCUCGUCCAGCAACAAGCUCUACCAAUACGCCAGCACGGACAUGGACAGGGUGCUCCUCAAGUCCACGGAAUACAACGAGCCGCACGAGUCGCUGACCAACAAGAACAUCAUUGAGAAGGAGAACAAGAACGGCGUCAUGUCCCCGGACUCGCCCGAGCCCGAGACAGACUACACGCUAACACCACGAACAGAGGCCAAGUACAACAAGAUCGACGAGGAGUUCCAGAACAUGAUGCAGCGCAACCAGAUGGCCAUCGGAGUGACCGGGGCGCCGCGGCAGCUUCCGAACAGCAGCUACACGUUGCCCGUGUCGGUGCCAGUGCCGGGCUCCUAUGGUGAGAACCUGCUGCAGGCCAGCCCACAAAUGUCCCACACCAACAUCAGCCCCCGUCCAUCCAGCUCGGAGACGGAUUCAGGUGGGAUGUCCUUGAUAAUAUAUCCAUCGGGUUCCAUGCUGGAGAUGUCGAGCGGCUAUCCGCAUUCCCAUUCGCCGCUUGUGGGAUCGCCCAGUCCAGGCCCCAGUCCUGGCAUAGCCCAUCACUUGCCCAUCAAACAGCAGUCGCCGGGCAGCCAGAAUGGAAGGGCUGCCAACCUACGGGUGGUCAUACCGCCCACCAUAGCAACCAUACCGCCCAACAUGUCUGCGCCCGAGGAUGUGGCCUAUACAGAUAUCCCUCCGUGCUCUCCUUUCCAGCAACGACAGAGCCAAACAUCACUAAACACGCCCGUGGUGACGCUGCAGACUCCGAUACCCGCCCUCACGAGCUACUCCUUCGGGGUGCAGGACUUCUCUUCCUCCGGCGUCAUCGGCAGUGCGGAUAUCAUGAGCCUGCCCACAUGGCACCAGGGUCUGGUGCAGCACUCUAGUCUCUCGCACCUGGCAGUCUCGAAUAGCACACCGCCGCCCGCCACCUCACCCGUCUCCAUUAAGGUCAAGGCCGAGCCGCAGUCGCCGCCGCGUGAUCUCUCCGCCAGCGGCCAUCAGCAGAACAGCAACGGAUCGACGGGCAGCGGCGGCUCCAGCAGCAGCACGAGCAGCAAUGCUUCGGGCGUCGGCGGGAGAGCAGGCUCCUCUGCCGCCAAUGCCGGCAAUGUCAUCACGCACUUGAACAACGCCAGUAUCCUGGGAGGCGGUGGUCCCCCAGGAGGAGGCGGUGGCGGUAGCAACGGGAACGCGAAGCAGGCCACCAAUCUGAGCGUCCUGGGCCACUCGCAGCAGCACCUGGUCAUGCCCAGCUCGAGACCGUCGUCGACCGGUCACCUAACGCCCACACCAGGGCAUGAUAAGUAUGAAGGAUAUCAGUACCGCCUGCUAAUGGGCCACAAUCCUAGAUGGAAUUCUGCCGCAGGUGCGCCCAGCAGCGAGCAGGAUGUGCGUCUGGCCGCCGUCGCAGUACAGCAGCAGCAGCAGCAGUACCAAGAGCAGCAACAGCACCAGCAACACCAGCAACAACAGCAGCAGCUGGGGGACUACGAUGCACCCAACCACAAACGUCCCAGAAUAUCGGGUGGAUGGGGUACAUAGCCGGCACGUGCAGGCGAUAGCAGCAGCCACUACAAGCAGCAACACAACAGCAACGGAACCGGCGGCGGCGGCAACAAGAAGCAAGAGGUCCAUCCCAACAUCAGCGACAUCGACGAUCUGGCCAUGAUGCCGCCGCCGCCGCGUAAGGAUGUGGCUACCGUCCGGAGUUCGUUCAGCAUGGCUGGUUCUGGCUAUGACUGCUAUGGCCAACAGCAGCUGGUGGUGGCCUAUGGAACGCAGCAACACCAAUAGCAGGAGGAGGGGAAGGAGAAGGAGCAGCAGCAGCAACAAUAGUUGCAACAACAGUGCAAUAGUUCAGAGAAAAGUAAACUGGAAAUUGUGGAAGAGAUAGGAGCUUUGUUUUGUUUUCGGUUUAAGCGAACAGUGACAGUGUCAUAUCUAUAAUUAUUGUAAGUUAAAUACACCCACACACACACACACACCUACGGUAAUAGUUAUAAUU